AUGCAUUUUUACACAGUCGUGGCGUUGGCCGCCAUCGCCACAUCGGCCAAUGCUCAAUUGCCAGGUCUCGGUGGACUUGGUGGAGCAGCCGCCGCGCCAGCUGCGCCGAAGGCCAAAUUGACGGCCCAAGAAGUGAAGGCGAGCAUUGAAGAGAUCACUGAUAAGGCCGCCGAUACCGAAGUCAUCGCUCAACGCAUCAAGAGCAAGGCUGACGGCUUUCAAGUCGGUCCCGAGCUUAUUGUUAGCAUCAAGGAGAUCAACCAGCUCUUCACCAAAGAGAGCGAGGCUUUGGCGGCGCAGGAUGAUCUGCCGGAGGCGCCAGAGUUGAAGGAGCCUGAAGCUGCGGAGCCAGCACUGGAUAGGCGACAGCUGCCUGUCGAUGCCUUAAGCGGCCUUCUGGGCCAGAAGAAGGCUCCCGGCAAAGCACCAGCAGACAAGCGCCAGCUACCUGUCGGCGCCUUGGGCGGUCUCUUGGGUCAAAAGACGGCCCCAGGCAAAGCGGCAGGAGAGAAACGACAGCUCCCUGUCGGCGCGUUGGGCGGCCUCUUGGGCCAGAAGGAAGCUCCUGCUAAAGGUAAAAAGGGAGAGAAACGACAGCUGCCUCUCAACGCUGUGAGCGGUCUCUUGGGCCAGAAGGAAGCACCUGCCAAAGCACCGAAAGAGACCCCAGCCAAAGCAGAAAAGGAAGCUACCGGCAAGGCCCAGAAGACAGCACCUGCUAAGGCCCAAAAAGCAGCACCUGCUAAGGCACUGAAGGGAGCACCUGUCAAAGCACAAGAGCAGAAACGUCAACUCCCUGGUCUCCCUCUUCCGGGCUUGGAUAGCGUCACAAACACCCUCUCCCCAGGCAAGCCCGAAGCAUCAGCAGAUGAGCCCGUGCUUGAGCAGGUCUUCUUCGCCGUCGAAGAUCAAGCCGAGAUAUGCUACGCCUUCACCGACUUGACCAAGGUUCACGAGAUGAUGCUCAAGACUGUCAUCGAGAAGCGCGAGUUCUUCACUUUCAACACGAUCACUGCCCAGACUGCUAAGAUUCUGCGUCUCCUUGAACGCGAAUUCGAUGAGUUUGCGGCGGUGCUCAUUGAAUCUGUUCCAACUUGUGCGUUCAGCGUCAAGCAGGACCAACAGAAGAUGGAGAAGACCAUGAAGAAGUCCAUCGAGACUUUCACCUUGUAG